AUGCUGGGAGGAGUAAAGAACGAGGUAAAUGAAGUCAAAAGGCAGUUGACUGGAGUGAAGGAACGGCUGGUGGAGGUGAAGGGCCAGGCGCUGAGAAGCAGCGGCAAGGCAUGCGUUGAGAAGCAGUUGAUUGAGCUAGGAUCAGCAGUGGCUGCAUUGCAGAAGAAUGUUGCUGCGGAAGUCGCACGCAGCCACGGGGAAAACAAGCACACAUGGGAGAGAGCACUGUCAGCAUGGAGCAGUCACACACCAGAACGGAUCUCGCUGGAGCUGAACAACCUCACCACCCUCUCCAACGCCGCUCUCCGCCACGUGCCCAAGAUGACCAACCUGAAAGAGCUCAGCUUAAUCGCCUCCUCAGGCUUCGAUUUAGCUGGCUUAAAGCACGUGUUCAAGUUGGCAGGGCUGGCGAAGCUAGACCUCCGGUACUCUUCCAUUCUAGACGGCCGUACUAAGUAUGCACUGGAAGGCAUCAGUGCCAUGACAGGGCUUGAGGACCUCUGCUUGAGUCACACCAAGGUAACUGAUGCCGCCCUGCUGCACCUGACAAGCCUUGCCUCGCUCAAAAUCCUGUGGCUGCAUAACUGUGGGGGCAUUACCUCUGCUGGCAUGGUGCACGUGGGGAGGCUGACAGGUCUCGAGGAGCUGUAUCUCCGAGGCAGUGGGGUGAAGGACAAGGGCCUGCGGCACCUAACCGCCCUGACCAACCUGAAGGUUCUCUCAGCGCCAACAGAGAUAUCUGACGCAGGCAUGGAGCAUGUGAAGCAGCUCACGGGGUUGAGGAGGCUGGAGUUGAAGGACUGUAAAUUGGGUGAGAGGGGGAUAGCGUGCCUGGAGAGCUUGCCAGGGCUGGAGCGGAUUAAGACGAAUGUGGAUACGCUGCUGGCCCUGGACAUUGGUGUGCUUCCAGGGGUGGCGAUUGCCAAGGAGCAGUGCAUUCUAAAAAGCGGAAUCUCGAGUUUCUGGACGUUCGGUCAGAGACAGCAUCUUCAAUACCGACACAUAAUGGCGGCCAAUGACGCGCUGCCAGCUGUCCUGGUGGUGAACGACGAUGGGAUCGAGGCUCCGGGAAUCAAGGCGCUCGUGGCGGUGCUCGGCUCGGCUGGCUUCUGCCGCGUCUUCGUGUGCGCGCCCGACGUGGAGAAGUCAGCGUGUGCGCAGGCCAUCACCAUCCGGGAGACACUUGAGGCGAAUCUGGUGGAGGACUAUGAAGGGGCUGCUGUCGCCUACUCGCUCACAGGCACACCGGCAGACUGUGCGUCGAUGGGCCUCUCAGGCCAGCUCUUCAAGGGCAUCAAGCCCCACCUGGUCAUCAGUGGCAUCAACAAGGGUGCAAACACAGGACGCCAAGUCAUCUAUUCCGGCACGGUGGCGGGCGCAAGGGAGGCCGUCAUUCAGGGCGCACCAGGCAUCUCCAUCUCCCUUGACUGGGCCGCUGCAAGCACUGACGCCCACUUUUCUCCCGCCGCUGCCACGUGUCUGCCUCUCAUUCGCUGCGUUCUCGAGGCAGCAACUGCUGGUCAGCUAUCCAGCAGCGGGGGAGACCCGCUGCUGCUGAACGUGAACAUGCCCGUUGACCCGGUCAAGUCCAAGGGCUUCAAGCUGGCCCAGCAGGGCCAUGCAAGGGUCGCCUUCCCUUGGACGCACAUCGCUAAGAAGCGCACCGGGGUGCAGCUGGCAGGCAUGCAUGGUGGAGCGGCGGCUGGGGGAAGGGGGCUUCCGGGGAUGAUGGGGGGCAGGGGACUGCCAGGAAUGAUGGGAGGGAGGGGUCUCCCGGGCAUGGUGGGAGGGAGGGGGCUGCCGGGCAUGACUGGACCUGCACCAGUCUCUCUGGCUGAACUUGGAUCGACUCCCAUUUACCUCAAUAGUCUCAACCACACGCCCGCCCUCUCUCUUCCCCCCCACAGGGCGCAGCGCGGUCCAAGACUCCUGGCGAGGAGAGCAAGGAGGAUAGACGGCGGGGACGAGCCGUGGCAGCCGCUGCAUAAGAUGCACUUCCGGCACGAGCCGAGUGGGUGGGACGUGCUUGACAAGGACCCUGCGUUUGACUCCGCUGCUCUCGCACUCGGCUAUGUGACAGUCACGCCGCUCGCCGUCACCGCUUCCAUCGACAUCCACCCACGCCUCAAGGAGGACCUGGCGUGGCUCGCACCGCUGCUGCCGCACGAUGCCUGA